ACUCUACUGCCAGGGAUGAAGAUGGGAUGGAACUUAUUGACUGGUGUAAAUCGAUAUUUCACAGCCUGGAAGGAUCUUAAUGAUCCAGCUCCUGGAGAUUUUACUUACCGAGUUGAUAAUAAUGGCUUGCCUCAGCUUGUUCUUCGUGAGGGAAUGAAGAAGAGGUUUCGAACUGGGUCAUGGAAUGGAAUUGGAUUUAGUGGUGUUGGAAUGCAGCAAAACACAGUUUUGAAUCCUAUUUUUGUUGACACCGCAGAGGAGCUUUACUAUAAGUUUGAAGUGAAGGACACUUCUGUCAUAACAAGAUUUACGGUGAAUCAGUCGGGCUUGCUUCAACGUCUUGUGCUGUUUGGAAAUAGCACCGAAUGGACGGUCAUGUACACUGUGCAGAACGACUUGUGUGAUGAUUAUGCAAAGUGUGGCCCUAAUGGAAUUUGCAGAAUCAAUAAAAGGCCAAUUUGUGAUUGCUUGACAGGGUUUCAUCCCAGAUCACAACACCAGUGGCAAGUACUCAAUUGGACUGGUGGAUGCGUAAGAAUGACCCCGUUAGAUUGCCAGAAGGGAGAGGGAUUUGUGAAACUUGCAAACGUAAAAUUGCCAGACAUGUUGGAAUUCAAGUUUAAUCGGAGCAUGAACCUGGAAGACUGCAGGGCAAAGUGCUUGGAGAAUUGUUCUUGCACAGCAUAUGCUAAUUCAGAUAUUUCUAAUGGUGGUAGUGGAUGUUUGAUGUGGUUCGGCGAUCUGGUUGAUAUGCGGGAAUUCAUUGAUGGAGACAGUGAGCAAGAUAUCUAUAUUCGGAUGCCAGCUUCAGAACUAAGUAAAGAAUCAACAGGUGAAUCAAGUUGGAAAAGUAAAAAAACAAUGCUUGCGUUGGCCGCAUCGACGAUUUUUGUGCUGCUUGCUUCCUUUUUGGCAUGGUAUACGAUUUGGAAGAAUAAGAGAAAGAGAAGAGGAUCAGCAACAGGCAGAGAAGACCUGGAGUUGCCGUUUUUUGAUUUUGCUACCAUUGCAUCUGCCACCAAUAACUUCUCCAAUUCAAACAAAAUAGGAGAAGGCGGUUUUGGACUUGUGUACAAGGGUGAGCUACUUAAGGGACAAGAAGUAGCGGUGAAGAGGCUCUCAGGGAAUUCCCAGCAAGGCGUGGAAGAGUUCAAGAAUGAAGUUGCAACGAUAGCUAAGCUUCAGCAUAAGAAUCUUGUCAGGCUUUUGGGCUGUUGCAUUGAAGGAGAUGAAAGGAUGCUCAUCUAUGAGUUUAUGCCUAACAAAAGCUUGGAUUGCUUUAUUUUCGAUCAAAUUAAGAGAGUCAUGUUGACCUGGCCAAAGCGUUUUCAAAUUAUUGUGGGAAUCGCAAGAGGACUUCUUUACCUCCACCAUGAUUCAAGAUUGCGAAUCAUUCAUAGGGAUUUGAAGUCCAGCAAUAUCUUACUAGACAAUGAGUUGAACCCCAAUAUUUCAGACUUUGGUAUAGCUAAAAUGUUCAAAGCUGAUCAAUUCGAAGCCAAAACGAAGCGAGUAGUUGGGACAUAUGGUUAUAUGUCUCCAGAAUAUGCAAUUGAUGGAAAAUUUUCCAUGAAGUCAGAUGUGUUUAGCUUUGGGGUGCUUUUAUUGGAGAUAAUAAGUGGCAAACGGAACAGAGGCUUUAAUCAUCCAGAUCAUUAUCACAAUCUUUUGGGACAUGCAUGGUUGUUGUGGAAUGAUGGCAAUGGUUUGGAGCUGAUGGAUCCAUGUUUGGAAGAUUCAUGUGUUGAAGCCCAAGUUCUCAGAUGCAUUCAAGUGGGUCUACUAUGUGUACAGAAGCACUCAGAAAAUAGGCCAGUAAUGUCAUCUGUGGUUUUGAUGUUGAAUAAUGACGAGGUCACACUACCUCAACCAAAAGAGCCUGGAUUUUUCUCAGAAAGAAGUUCCUGCGAUACAAAUACAUUAGCUUUGUAUGGAACAUCUUCUACUGAAAAUUUAGUCACCAUUACUAUGCUAGAAGCUAGGUAAAAAGAUAGGGAUAGGGAUGUAAAUGGGCUAUUAUUAUAUGGGAAUUUGCAGGUACCCAAACCGAUAACAUAGAGUUUGGGUAUCCUAUAUUC